GCAGAGGCAGAGGCAGAGCCACACGCGCGCGCGCAGCAGACCACGGCACAGAGCGGGGCCAUCAUGGCACCGUCCUCCUCCUACACCCUCGCCAUUGUCCUGUGCCUCCUCUUCUCCCUGGCCGCCGCGACCAUGGACCCCGCCGAGAGAGAGGCGCUGCUACGCGUCAUGGAGGCCGUCUCCUCCGACCGCGAAUGGCGCCCGGCCGCCGGCGCCGACCCGUGCAGCUCGCCGUGGCCGGGGCUCGAGUGCAAACCGGCGCCGGGCGGCGGCGCCGCGCCGCGGAUGCACGUCGCGCGGCUCGACUUCGGCGUCCCGCCCAACCCGACGUGCAAGGACACGGCGGCAUUUCCGCUCGGCGCGUUCGCGCUGCCCCACCUCCAGGCCCUGUUCCUCGUCGACUGCUUCAAGAACCCGGACGCCACCACCGCAUUCACCCUGCCGCCGGCGUCCAACCUCUCCGCGUCCCGUCUGCAGCAGCUCAGCAUCCGCUCCAACCCGUCGCUGUCCGGCACGCUGCCGCCGCAGCUGGCCAGCCUCUGGUCGCUCCAGGUGCUCACCGUCUCCCAGAACGCGCUGAUCCGCGGCGAGGUCCCGCAGGGCAUCGGCGAGCUCAAGAACCUCGUGCAUCUCGACCUCAGCUACAACUCGCUCACCGGCCCGAUCCCUAGCCGGCUCGGCGAGCUGCGAGGCUUGGUCGGCCUCGACCUCAGCUAUAACUCCUUCUCCGGCCCCAUCCCGAGCCGGCUCGGCGAGCUCGCCCAGCUGCAGAAGCUGGACCUGAGCUCGAACAACCUCACCGGAGGGGUGCCGGACACCAUCACCCGCCUGAAAUCUCUCGCCUUCUUGGCGUUAAGCAACAACGGGCUGCGCGGUCGUCUCCCCGCCGGCCUCUCCGACCUCCGCGACCUGCAGUACCUGAUCAUGGAGAACAACCCGAUGGGCGUCCUCUUGCCGUCCGAGCUGGGCAACAUCGCGCGGCUCCAGGAGCUCCGGCUGGCCAACUCCGGCUACUCGGGCUCGAUACCGGAGACGUUCGGCCUGCUGUCGAGCCUGACGACGCUGUCGCUGGAGAACAACAACCUCACCGGGAGGAUCCCGGCGGGGCUGAGCCGGCUCAAGCGGAUCUACCACCUGAACCUAAGCAAGAACGGGCUGGACGGCGUCGUGCCGUUCGACGGCGCGUUUCUGAGGCAGCUCGGGCGGAACCUCGACCUGAGCGGUAACCCGGGGCUGUGCGUCACCGACCAGGCCGUCGUGCCGGACGCGGGCGUCGGUGUCUGCCCCGACAACGUCUCCCGCGUAAGAUCCGCCGCCGCGGAGAGCUCGAUACGCCGAGUGAACAGGGGAGAGGUGACGAGGCGUUUCUGGCCUGCAGGGAUGCUUAGGCCCGCUACUGUAGCGCUGUGCUGCUUUUUGCUCUGAACUCGGAUUCUCGAGCGUGCAUGCAUGCAUGCAAUUGUUUGGGCAUGAACUUGCAUAGUUGCAUUCAUUGAUCUCUGUACGUAAUUAUGUUGCUGUAACUUGUGACGAUGAUUUGUGUGAGCCAUGUAGUUGUGACUAGCGACAAGAAUUCCAAGCGAAGACUGAAGAGUUAGGACUUGAGUUGAGACUGA